AUCGUUAUCGUCACUCUGUCACGCUAGACGCUUGUGUCUGUGAAUUUUCUGUGAAAAAAUUUUAAUAUAAAGUGAAGCGAAGCAUUAAGCAUUGAAAAUAGUUAAAAUGGGCGGCCAUAACGAUAAUCAGAACGGAAACUCCAACGGCCACGAUGAUGAUAUUACCGAGCCGGAGCAUAUGCGUAAACUGUUCAUUGGUGGUCUGGACUACCGCACCACCGAUGAUAACUUGAAGGCGCACUUUGAGAAAUGGGGCCAAAUUGUCGAUGUGGUGGUCAUGAAGGAUCCACGUACCAAGCGCUCGCGGGGUUUUGGCUUCAUCACCUAUUCGCACUCGACCAUGAUUGACGAGGCCCAGAAGGCCCGUCCCCACAAGAUUGACGGACGCGUUGUUGAGCCUAAGCGUGCCGUGCCACGCCAGGACAUUGACUCGCCGAAUGCUGGGGCCACCGUCAAGAAGCUGUUUGUCGGCGCCCUCAAGGAUGACCAUGAUGAGCAGAGUCUGCGCGACUACUUCCAGCACUUUGGAAGCAUUGUGGACAUCAAUAUUGUCAUGGACAAGGAGACUGGCAAGAAGCGUGGCUUUGCCUUCGUUGAAUUCGAUGACUACGAUCCCGUGGACAAAGUUGUGUUGCAAAAGCAACAUCAGCUGAAUGGCAAAAUGGUGGACGUGAAGAAGGCCCUGCCCAAGCAGAAUGAAAUGGGUGGCGGCGGCGGCGGUGGUGGUGGACGCGGUCAGGGUGGUCGAGGCGGUGGAAAUCGAGGAUCCAACAUGGGCGGCGGUGGCGGCAGCUACGGCAAUCAGAAUGGCGGCGGUAAUUGGAAUGGCGGCGGUAAUUGGGGAAAUGGGGGCCGUGGGGGCAACGAUAACUGGGGCGGAAACAACAACUUUGGAGGCGGCUACGGCGGCGGCGGCGGCGGCAACAAUGGCUGGGGCAACAACAUGGGUCCCUGGGAUAAUGGCAAUAGCGGAAGCAACUUUGGUGGCGGUUCCAAUUGGGGAAACGGUGGGGGCAAUGAUUUCGGCGGGUACCAACAGAGCUACAGCGGCGGUCCCCAACGCGGCGGCAACUUCAACAGCAACCGCAUGCAGCCGUACCAAGGAGGCAACUUUGGCAACAAAGCAGGUGAUAAAUUAGAAGUCGCUCAGUAUAAACCCAAAAGUCACAGUCAAGUAAACGAUACGCAAUUCAAUGAGUAUGAAGAAGUAUGAAGAAGUUUUCCGAGCACCACAAACCAUACCAAAACAUGACAGAGAAGAGAAGAGAGUAAUCAGGAUCAGUGCAGAGCAGAGAAGUGGAGAGGAAAGGAAAGGAGAGCAGAGCAGAGCAGGAGAAGAGCAGUGCAGUUCAGACAGACAAAAAAAGAAUGAGAUGAGAAUGAGAGAUCAGUGCAGCAGUGCAGCAGUACAAGUACAGAGCAGAGCAGCAGUGUGUGUGCAUCGAUCAGAGGGCACAGAUUGAAUAUCAGACA